AUGGGUGGUCCAACUCUCAGGCGUCGUGCUCAGGCCGAGAAUCAGGGCUUCAGCUCUGAUGGCUCGUCGUCAGCUUCGCGCGACCCUACCCAGCGCUCCGAGCCCAAGAGCAUCAACAAGCUCGACGGCAACCGUGAUCCUAGUGCGAACGGUGUGCUUGACUACACUCGCCCUACUGACCUGAAGAACAUUUCGGAGUUCCUUGGCCUUGCUGGUUGGUACACGGCUCGCGGCCCCACUGUACCUCAUCUGUACCCAUCCUGUUCACUUCAUUCAUUUGGCAUGGCUUCUUCCAACCCCACUCCUCGCCUUUAUCAAGAGGGCUUUCGCCCACGCCAUGCAAACAUUGGAAUUGACAUCGAUUACCAGAUCGACAUCCCUAAGGCCCUUCCCGCUCGGCCCAAAACUUUCAACACCCAGGGCAGGGAGUGUGGCAUCACCCUGAACACCUUCAACGUUAUCAAAGCCCCCAACACGAUCGUGCACCAGUAUGAUGUCACGUUCAGUGGCGAUGCACUCGAUUACACCAAGCGCGUCUUGCUCAAGAAGAUCUGGGCUUCCAGGGGAGUGAAGGCUGCCCUGGGUGAGCCCGCCAACCUCUGGAUCUACGACACCAACAAGCUUGCCUGGUCCAGCAAGCGCAUAGAGCGUGACGACUUCCGUGUCACCGUUGACCUGGAUGAGGAAGAGGGUCGCCCCACUAAGGCCGGCCAGCGCGGUAACAAGCAUACGAUUCAUCUCCGCCAUACCCGUAAAGUCGACUUCAAUGGCCUUCACGCCUUUCUUGCUGGACAGGCGUCCUGGUCCCCGGAGUGUAUCGAUACAAUCAAAUACACCCAGAUCAAGAAGUCAUUCUUCCAGCGUGGAGAGCAGCGCUUCGAUCUCGGCGGCGGUGUUGAGGCUUUCAAGGGUGUCUUCGCCUCCCUUCGCCCAGUUCUCGACGACAAGUUCAACAAGUCCCUUUCCGUCAACGUGGAUGUUGCAAAUGGCACUUUCUGGCGUGCUCAAGAGCUUACGCGCGCUGUCGGUCAAGUCUUCAACUGCAGCCCGCCGCAAUUCCAGCAGCGCUUCAAGGAGGCUUGCCGUGACUGGCGCGGUUCGCACAUGAAGAAGGACCUCCGCGUCCUCCGUCGCGUCGGUGUGUCUACUACACAUCUCAAGGAGCCUGUCCAGUGGACUAUCGACGACUUUGUAGACAUGGACGUGAACCAGGCUUCUUUCCCCGAUCCCGAUGAUUCCUCCAAGAAGAUUACGAUUGCCAAGUACUUCAAGACUAAGUACAACAUCACCUGCAUGCCAGGCAUUCCCGUUGUCCGAAUGACCAAGAAGAUCCGCAAACAGCCCGUGUACAUGCCUAUGGAUGUUCUCAAGAUCGACGAAAACCAGCGUUACAACACCAAGCUCUCUGAUGUCCAGACCUCCCAGAUGAUCAAGUUUGCGGUCACUCUUCCCAAGGAGCGCUGGGCUGCCGUUCAGCAGGGAGUCAAGCUUCUCGACUGGGCACACGAUCCUUACCUUCGUCACUAUGGUGUCCAGAUCAGCCCCAACCCCUCCAAAGUCAAGGCUCGCGUCCUUCCUUCGCCCGCUGUGCACUUUGGCGCAGGCUCAAAGGAGGCUCAGCUCAAGCCUCAGGACAUGGUUGCCGGCCGCUGGCGUCUUGAUGGCCGCAAGUUCGCCAUGAACAAUAAGGACCGCCCAAUCAAGGCUUGGGGCGUGUGCUGCAUCGUCGGCAGGGGCGCUCCUCCGCCAGCUGCCGUCGAGACCUUCUUCCAGAAGUUCACCCAGAUCUACGAGAGCCACGGUGGCCUUAUAUCUGCUCACCCCACGCAUGGUAAGAAGCCCUGGAUGGGACCAGGUAACCUUGCCGAUGGUGGAGAGAUGGUCCAGAAGGUUUGGAACAUGACCGGCAAUCGGUACAACAUGCCUCCCAACUUCCUCUUCUUCGUUGUCAACGACCGUAACGUCGAUGUGUACCGCCGCAUCAAGAAGUCGUGUGACAUCCGCUUCGGUGUUGCUUCGCAGGUUCUCCAGGCCAAGCAUGUCAUGUCUGCCUCGCCGCAGUACAUUUCCAACGUCUGCAUGAAGGUCAACGCUAAGCUUGGUGGCUGCACGAGUGUCGCCAAGUCUAAUGUCAUCCCCAAGGUCGCACCCAAGUCGCCUUCUAUCCCCACCAUGGUCGUCGGUGCCGAUGUUUCCCACCCUGCCCCAGGCGCUGGCUCCAGCGAGGCUGCAUCCUUUGCCGCCAUUACCGUCUCUGCCGAUCCCUUCUUCGCUAAGUACUGGGCUGAAGUUCAGACCAACGGUAACCGCGUGGAGAUGGUCACCACCUCCAACAUCGACGAACACUUCGGAUCCAUGGCCAAGAACUGGAUGCAGCGCAUCGGACAGGGCAAGCCGCCUCAGCGCGUGCUGUUCAUUCGUGACGGCGUGAGCGAGGGACAGUACGCUGCCGUGCUUGAAGAGGAGGUCCGUGACAUGAAGGAGUGCUUCAGGAAGCUCGGGUGCAAGGAAGAUCCCCAAGUUCACCGUUGUCAUCGCCGGGAAACGCCAUCACAUUCUGCUUCCUUUCCUGAUGCCGGCAAAGGUGACCGCAACGGCAAUCCGCUUCCUGGCACUCUCGUCGAGACUGGAUGCACUCAUCCUUUCGAGUUCGACUUUUACCUCUGUUCGCACGUCGCCAUCAAGGGCACUGCGCGACCUAUCCACUACCAAUGCAUCCUAAACGAGGGUGAGUGGCUGGCUACUGAGCUUCAGUCCUUCAUCUUCGAGCACUCGUACCACUACGUCCGCUCCACGACUCCGGUCUCGCUUCAUCCUGCGGUCUACUACGCCCACUUGGCUGCUGACCGCGCUCGCGCUCAUCUCAACGACAACCCGGUCUCUUCAGGCAAGAAGGAGUCCAAGGCCGACCAGCGCUCGUCCACCGGCUCCUCCUCCAAGAACGUGGAGAUCGCUCCUCUGAUGGCUAUGCAGAACGCUCGCGGCCUGAAGGAUGUCAUGUGGUACAUCUAG